AGGGGAGGCAGGAGCUUUGUGUGUGUGUGUGUGUGUGUGUGUGUGUGUGUGUGUAUGUGUGUGUGUGUGUGUGUGUGUGUCGGCUUUCCUUGGACAGACAUGAGUCGGAGUUUAUUGAGAAGGGCAGGUAUCCGGCAAAAGCAGCCAACGUUUUUCAAGGCAUAGACGAAGCGGGAUUUGCGCGUCUCCAAGGGAUUAUAAUCUCAAAAUGUCAGCGGCCAUGGAUGCGGAGAGGAACUCGGAGGUGAGUUGGUGGUUUGCAGACAAACAUGACUGCCAACAAGAGUUCGAAGGCUGCGCCUCAUGCAGGAGGGGGUAAAACUCCCCGGGACUCCCCCGAAAGGUGCCGGGCUACAUCACCGAGUCCCGUUCUCUCAGCCAGCCAAGGACAGAGCCAGCAGCCACUCCUCAGCGACAGCGAGAGCUCUGGGAAGCAGAGUAGGUACGCCCGCACUGACGGCAGGUUCUUGGUACGUGCUGGCUGGAACAGCAAGACAGCAAGCCUGUGCAGUGGUGCAUCUCUCACAAGUGAUACCGACUCCCAAGGGCGUCUCACCAAGUCAAAGAGCAUCAGCUGCCUGGACAACAGGCUCUCUAUCUACAAGCCCCCAGGUCAGAAAGGUCUGGGCAUCCAGGAGGAGAAGGAGAAACAAGGGGAUCUCUCUGUGGGAGGUGGACUUAAUGGUAGGCCGUUGAGCUGGAGCACACUUUCACUGGCACCUUCCUCUAACCAAAGCCACAAGCGUACCCUCUCUCUCACCCGUUCACAAGCAGGUGUUCCCCCCACCGCAAUCCGCAAAAAGAUCUCAGAAUGGGAGUGCAGAAGAGUGGCUCUGCCUAGGAUGAGCUUGUGUCUGGAUAAAAGAGGAGGAGAGCGUGUAGGGGGCAGCGAGGGCUGCCCGAGCCUCCUCUCCUCGCCCUGUAGUGAGAAGACUUUUGACUUUAAGGGGGUUCGCAGGAUGAGCACAGCGUUCUCCGAAUGCUCCUACACGGAGACAGAGGCGGAGGAAGGGGUUUCGAACAAAGACGGCAUAGGUCGCUUCCAGAAAAGGAUAGGCAAGACGGAGUCCUCAGGAACAUUUGUGCGUUCGUUGUCUGCUCGGAAGGAGACGUCAGCAGUCCUCAAUAGGAUACAAAAGAUAGAGCAAGCCUUGAAGGAGAAUCCCAGCCCGCCCCCUCCACGUUAUCUGAGUAAUUGCUAUGCUCCAGACAAGACAAGACAGAAGUCAUUUGUGAUCGGUGACGACUUGGACAGUACAUGCACCAGUAAGCGCAGCAGCAUUUGCUCAGUGGCCACCGAGCCAGAUGCUGUUUUGGUGCCCGAUAAGCUCUCUAAACUCAGACAAAGGUUUAGUGUGAGCUCAGCCAGGUCGGAGAGCCCAGAACCACCCAGUCAACAGAGCUCUGUCGGCACACCAGUCAACCCCUUACCCAAACCCAAACGCACUUUUGAGUACGACGCCAAACAGGACCAGAAGGGCGCGUUGCCGGCCAAUGGACUACCUCCAAACAGCGCCUCUGAGUCUCCCCCUCCUCUGCCCACCACCCCUGCACCCAGCAUGGCACGAACGGCAAAGACCCAGGGGAGCACCCCCACGAGAAUCCAGGACAGAGAGUCAUGUGAGUCGGAGGAUGCUGCGAGUCUACCACCUUCAUAUCCAUCCUCACCGACAGAGAACGGCACGCUGACCACAGACUCACCGAAUCGACCCGGUUCCAAAAGCACUUUAGAGGAGAACGCCUAUGAGGACAUAGUAGAGAAGGAGAACCCAUAUGAGGAUGUUGACCUGAAGCGGAAGAGUAUGGGCCGGAAGUCUUGCCUGUUGGAGAGCAACAGGUCUUGGACCACCACGGACAGGAAGCUGAACUCUCCGCCUCAGUUGCCUUCCAAACCCAGUAGCCAGUCCCUUCGUCUCACCGGUCCGAGUGACAGGAAGAGCCACCGGAUGUCACAGUUAUCCAAAUGCUACAGCCAUGAUGAAAUGCUGCUUCUCCCUCAGCUGGGUGUAUCAUCUUCACCUUGUGGCCUGCUGGAAAGCCUCAGUAGCACCACUGACACCCUGGCCUCACACAGGCACUGGAGGAUCCCCAAGCUGGUCCAGAGGAUCAACUCCAUUUACUGCACUAAACGUGGGAAGAAGCGGCUGAAGAAACUGUCCAUGUCCAAUGUGGAGACUGUGUCUCUGAGAGGUAGGGGCUCUCUGUGUUUCCUUCAUCCUCUGGCCAGAUAUAAAACCUUCUUGUCUGUCUCAUGUCUGCCUCCAGAUGACAACAGUGAGAGUGAGAGCGACUCUGAUGACAGGUUCAAAGCUCACACCCAAAGGCUGUUGAAACUGCAGUCCAUCCUUCGACGGGCCCCCAGCUACCGCACGCUGGAGCUGCAGCUCAUUGAGUGGCAGGAGAGAGAGCUCUUUGAGUAUUUUGUGGUGGUUUCACUGAAAAAGAAACCCAGCAAAAACUCCUAUUCCCCAGAGGUCACCUACCAAUUCCCCAAGCUAGAGAGGCCCACCAAGCAGAUGAGGGAGGCAGAACAGAGGCUCAAAGCCAUUCCUCAGUUCUGUUUCCCAGAUGCUAAAGACUGGAGUCCUGUCACGGAGUACGCCAGCGAGACCUUCUCCUUCAUGUUGACUGGAGAAGAUGGCAGCAGGAGGUUCGGGUACUGCAGACGCCUGCUGCCAACAGGGAAGGGACCUCGACUACCGGAGGUGUACUGUGUCAUCAGCAGGCUGGGAUGUUUUGACUUGUUCUCCACGAUCCUGGAUGAAGUAGAGAGACGGAGAGGCGUCUCAGCAGCCCUGGUCUAUCCCUUCAUGAGGAGUCUGAUGGAGUCGCCCUUCCCUGCACCAGGGAAGAUUAUCAAAGUGAAGACCUUUCUGCCUGGUGCAGGAAAUGAGGUCAUCGAGCUGAGGCGGCCCACAGACUCCAGACUGGAGCAUGUGGACUUUGACAGUCUGUUCAGAUGCCUCAGCGUACGGCAGGUGAUACGAGUCUUUGCCUCGCUGCUGCUGGAGCGUAGAGUCAUCUUUGUGGCUGAUAAACUCAGUACUCUGUCCAGCUGCAUGCAUGCCGUGGUGGCGUUGCUCUACCCCUUCUCCUGGCAACACACCUUCAUCCCCGUGCUGCCAGGGUCCAUGUUGGAUAUCGUCUGCUGUCCCACUCCCUUCCUGGUGGGGCUCCUGUCCAGCUCGUUGCCUAAACUCAAAGAGCUGCCUGUGGAAGAGGCUUUAAUGGUCGACCUUGGAACUGAUAGAUUCAUCCGACAGAUGGACGACGAGGCCUCGCUGUUACCGCGGAAACUUCAAGCGGCUCUUGAGCAAGCGCUGGAGCAAAGGAAUGACAUCAUCAAUCAGGACUCCGACAGUGAGUCAGACGAAGAGUAUAACUCCUUGAACAGCCUGGUGUCAGAGGCCUUCAUCCGCUUCUUCCUGGAGACCAUCGGCCAUUACUCCCUGUUGAUCACUCAGAAUGAGCGUGGCGAGCGCGUUUUCCAAAGGGAGGCCUUCCGCAAGUCUGUGGCAUCCAAGAGCAUCCGCCGUUUCCUCGGCGUCUUCAUGGAGUCUCAGAUGUUCGCGGGGUUCAUUCAGGAUCGAGAGCUGAGGAAGACCCGCGCUAAAGGUCUGUUUGAGCAGAGGGUGGAUCAGUAUCUGGAGGAGCUACCAGACACAGAGCAGAGUGGAGUCAACAAGUUCCUCAAAGGCCUCGGAAAUAAAAUGAAGUUUCUCCACAAAAAGACCUGAGGGAAACUCUUCCUCCUGUUGUCAAACUGAAGGGCCUGAAGUUUCUGCAUCAUGAUGAUUCAUUCUCACCGUUGUGUCAACAUUUUUUUAAUGAAAACAUGUACAUAUUAUUCCACUGUAAACUGGCUGUGAUACUCUUCAGUGUAUGUUUAUAGUGUCUUAUGAGAUAGUGGCAGCAGGGCGGUACACAAGGAGUGAGCUGUAGAGUAACCACUGUGCUUGUGAAGAGUGUUAUCAGAAUGUGUGAGUGUAUGUAACUUGAUAUGGGCAUAGAUGUACAGUUCGUAUCUAUUCUUGUUUUUGUUUUUUUUGCAUUAAUUCACAACAGUGUUCUGUGUCCUCUGUUUAAGGAGUGUAAAACCUAUUCGAAAACUGUACAUGCACCAAGACAAUGAAGAAAAUGAUUGUAACUCUUCAUAGAGUCUUUUGCAAUAUUUUAUUAAAAAUAGUAGUAAAAAUG